AUGAUUAAAAGAAACCGAAAGCAGAUCAGAGAGAUCCGUGAAGCGUUUCGUAUUUUGGACCGUGAUGGGAAUGGUUUCAUCUCCAAGCAGGAGCUGGGCAUGGCCAUGCGCUCCCUGGGUUACAUGCCCAGCGAAGUGGAGCUGGCCAUCAUCAUGCAGAGACUGGACAUGGAUGGUGAGCCACUACAUAAGGUAGAUAACCUGGACCUGGAUGACAGUGGGUUUCAGGAGGGGGUGUGCAACCAGUUUGUGGGUGACAGUGUCUGCAUUGAUUGUCUUGUGCCCCUGCAGUUUGACAUGCAGCAGCUGUCUCUGGAUGAGCUGAAGCAGGUGCUGUUCCAUGCCUUCAGGGACCACCUGACAAUGAAGGACAUCGAGAACAUCAUCAUCACCGAGGAGGAAGGCCUCAACGAAAGCUCAGGAAACUGCCCUGAGUACGAGGGAGUCCAUCCCAAGAAGAAGAAUCGGCAGACGUGUGUCAGGAAGAGCCUGAUCUGCGCCUUCGCCAUGGCUUUCAUUAUCAGUGUCAUGCUCAUCGCAGCCAAUCAGAUGCUGCGGAACGGCAUGGAGUAACCAAUUGCACUGUGAGCAUGGCGAGUGGACAGAACAGCCACGACCUCACAUCUCGUCUUUGCAGCUUAAGCAGGACCAGCUACAACCCGAGCACUUCUCUAAACAAUCAGUUGAGGGUUUUUUUAGGUUAAUUUGAACUUAGUAGUAAAUGUGAGUGAGAUGACGAGAAAUAUUAAUUUGUUUUGCAUUGAAGAUGUCACCAUGUAUAGUUACUGGACUUACGGGUCACAAAGAACUGAAACAAUUAUGUUUUUAUAAAAAAAAACGUGAGAAUAAAUAGAGGGUGUUAUUUUGACAGAGACCACUCUUUAAACUUGAUUUUCUAAUUACCAGAAAAAGUUUAUCAGGUGCUUUGAGCCAUUCCUAAUUUAAAAAUAACAGUGGUUAUUAUGAACAACUGCAUAUUUACCUUAGAGAAGUAGCUGAAUGUGAGUGAAUGAGAGCGCUGAAUGUCAGGCACUGUAUUUAAAUGUAUUGUAAAUCCAUCACAUCUCAAAUAGUCAUGUUUAAACAUCAUCGACCAACUCAGUCCGCUAAAUGUCAGGGCACAUGAAGUCUUUGUGUAAGGAGCACAACUCAAUACUCAGUGAGGGGAAACUUGGGAAUCAUCUCUUUGUCUGUAGGUGUGUCAAAGAUAGUAACUAAUGUAUUACAAAAUAGAUUUGGUCUAUACUGGAGCACAUGGAUUUAAAGCAAAAAGCAGAGGAGGUGUCGAAAGGUGCGUCUCUUUUUGCCUUAAUUCUGUGCUUCAGAUGGACCAAAUAUCUAAAGUCUCUCCUGAUAAAUUAGAUUCCUACUCUGAGAGACAGUCCAAAAAUGUAUUUCUCAAGGGGGUUGAAGCGGUUAACCUCUACCUUCACUAGACGGUGCAUAAUAAGCUCAGGCCGUCUGAGAGGAAAAUAUAUGAAGGUUUGUGAUAAUUAGUAGGGAAAAGAUAUACAUUCCCUUGUUUUCAGUUAUGCGUUGGUAAAAAAUCCUUCACCUCAACGUCUCCUUGUAAUACAGCCCAACUGCGGUAAUUAUAAACUGCACUAAAAGCAUGCCAGUAUGUACACUGCCAUAUCAAACAUUUGUCUAGCUCCCAUGAAUCUCUCUGUAUACAUAGUAGUAAUUAUCUUGUGUAAUGUAGUGUUUGUUCACAACAGCCGAAUGUAUGAAGGGUGGAAACUAGUGAGAUAAAUCAGGGAUAUACAGUUGAGCUGUGACACGCUGGAGGUACAGCAGCAGUUUCUUUUUGGAAAAGGUUGCAUUCUAGUGGUUUAAAUGAGAACUGCAGCUAAACACUUGAACUACCAUGUCUACAAGGUGUUCAGAACUGAAGAACAACGCCACUGAAUUUGAGCUUAGAUAUUUGUUGUGUCGAUGUCACAUUUAGGUCUGAUUUGGUUCACUGUUUCUUAAAUGCAAAACCAAGUGUUUCCCCAAGAACCCAAAUUGUGUUGUCGCACCAGCACUCAGGUUUUGAGACUGAAGUGGCUGAUGCAGGACCUCGGUUAGUUUCUGGAGUCAUAGCUAUGGUUUAUGGUUCAGACCAUCGACCUGAUAGCACUACAAUUUUAAAGAGCUUAAUGGAGUCAGGGGGUUUGACAAGAACAGACAGUCAUGCUCGUCUUUAUAAUGGAGACCCCCGAGGAUGAAAAUCCCAGUGACUCCACAGAUUACGUUUGAGGAUUUUAUUUUUUCUUUCGGUGUAGAGCUCUGCGUUACAGAAAUAUCAUUGUUAAUCCACUGUUAGAAUAGUAUCAUACCAGUAAUGGUGUCCAUUAUUCUGUUGUCUAAGCAGAAGAUUUAGAUCAAAUAGUCAUUUCAAAACAAGACUACGGCUGAGAUUAAGUUAUUUUAAAGGUCACCUAUUGUGCGAAAUUCAUGUCUUUUAUACAUCAACAUGUGUCCCCUCUGUGU